GAUUGGAGUGAAGAAGCGUGAUGUCUGGAAGAGGCAAAGGAGGCAAAGGCCUGGGAAAAGGCGGAGCGAAGCGGCACCGCAAAGUGCUCCGUGAUAACAUCCAGGGCAUCACGAAACCAGCCAUCCGACGCCUGGCUCGCCGUGGUGGGGUCAAGCGCAUCUCGGGCUUGAUCUACGAGGAGACCCGCGGGGUGCUGAAGGUUUUCCUUGAGAAUGUGAUCAGGGAUGCGGUCACCUACACUGAGCACGCCAAGCGCAAGACGGUCACUGCCAUGGAUGUGGUGUACGCUCUGAAACGCCAGGGCCGCACUCUCUAUGGAUUCGGCGGCUGAGCAAAUCGACCCUUUUCCAGCGAACCCAAAGGCUCUUUUCAGAGCCACCCAACCCCUCCGAUUGAGAGCGGAGACCUGAGCACGGGGAAGACAGCAGGUCGGGAGGAUGU